AUGCUGGCCGCAAGAGAUCAAGAAAACCUUGUCCAUGCUCAUCAGACUGCUGCUGCUGCCAAACCCCUGAACCAGAGUACCAGACAGCUGCAGCCAAAGACACCCGGUAGCAGAGCACCGAAAACACCCUUCGGGCUAUCCCUGAAUGACGAGAAUAAUCCUCUGGUCUUUGGAGGGGGAAGGAAGACAGGAAAACCGAAUAAUGGACAGAACGAGAAUAUCCUGAAGUCAGGGCAGGAUGCAAUUGCUGGUGGGAAUGCGUUCGUUACGCCUAUGGCCCCACGAAGUCGUGCUCCCUUAGGAGUGAAAACGACAAAUGCGAAGGCGCAAGCUUUCCAAACCCCAGCACCCCGUUUGGGUACAUCUAAACCAGUCAAGACCACAAAGCGACCUUCAGCGACUCGAAAAUUGAAGCAGAGUACCCCUGAAGUGCUGCCAGGUCCGCCCAAAGUCGUUGCUGUAGAGGACGAAAAGGACGAUGUUCCAGAUAUUGAAUAUAUGCCCCCCAAACCAACACCAUUGCCAGACCCUCCUGAAGACAUCCCUUACAACACAGACUUCCCACAAUUCAAAGGCAAGAACCGUACACGCGGGUGGCAUAAGUUAUUCGUUGACGAGGAAGUCGGGGAAGAUGGAUUGACCAGGAAGCAGCGAGAAAUCAAAGCAGAGCAGGAAGCCUCUGAUAAGCGGAUGGACGCUCUAAUCCAGGAGCAAGUCGACAACAUGGAACUGCUGGGGAUCAAUGUCCGCCAGUUCCCCGACGAGCCGUGUGCUGAAGAGGUGGCUGCAGAGAUCAUGAGGAAACGUGAGCAGAAACAACAACCAGCCAAAAGGGUCAUCGUGGACCGAUCCAUUUCCACUGUCAGGUCGCGCAAUGCCGCAAGGAUGCUCUCUCACCAGUCACGGCCUACAGUUGCUCCACCUGUGCCAAAGCUGAAGCCGAAACCUAAACCCAAGGUCAGGUUCUCGUCGGGUUUCUCCCGUCCCAAAAAACCCCAGCAGCAGACACCAUCGAAUCCGUCGACUAUGCGCCAUGCAGCUGCCACAGCCAGUUCACGGACUACAGUUGGAUAUUCCAAGGGGCGAAGGUUAUCGGCUAAUUUGCGACAAAAAGCUGCUACCACUAAUAAGAAACAGCAGCGGCAGAGUUCCAUGAACCAGGAAGGCCCAGCCUCGAACAACCCGGCUGAUAUCCUCUCCCCAGAGAGAUACAUGGAGUUAUAUGGCAGCCCACCGUUUGGGAGCGAGAUGUGGUCGCGGUGCAAGGCUGCAGGGUUAUUUGAUUCUGCGUUUGAGCGUGUGGAGAGCGAGGAGGAAAUCCCACUAUUCCCUAUGGAGGAUGAGGAGGCUGCGAAUUUCCAGCUUACGCUGUGA